CAUUACCAAUGUUGCCAGAUUCAUCUUCUCCACUACAUACUUUUAAUCAGUGGAGAAGAUGCGCGCAUUCAGCAUUUAGCAACAGUUAGCAGUUCGUGCAUCAUCUUCCAAAAAUUAAUCCUUCAUCCAAUGCUCUUUUUGAUCGUUUAUUUCGAAAUAAAUAAACGAUUCAAAACAAUAGAAGACGAGGAAUACCUACAAAUACCUACAAUUGUGUUUCUUGUUACCCAAAAGAAUAUUCACGUGAGUGACUCGAGAAACUAACAAAGAGGAGACGAAGGACUAUCAUCAACAUCAUCAGUGGCGAGGAUCAGUCGAAACAAAAGAGCAGCGAUGGUUGCGCGAUGGACAUAAAUCUGGAACAAGAAACAAAGGUCAUGAAAUAUUUAAAAUUGUGAUUAUAGUGACCCAAAAGAAUAUUCUCGUUAAUAUGUCGGACCAAGAGAGCAGCGAUGAUUGCAUGAUGGGCAGGAGUCAGGAACAAGAAACACAGAAUUGUGGAAUGUGGAUUUCAAUCCACCGGCGCGAUUUCCAGUGGAAAAAAUGAUUUCCAUCGACUUGGGCCUCAAGUAUCCUGUUACAGCUAACGUUUUGGACACUGCUGAUACUUUCGAAAAAUUCGUGGCAUUAACCUCUUAGGAAUAUAACCAACUUAGCGGUUCCAAUAGAAGAAUAAAAUUAUCUCAUAAAAUUUUGGGCAAAGAACUGAAACGGAAGGAGAAAUUACGCAAAAAUUUUAAAUUAAACAAUUAACAUAAUGAUAGGAAAAGGGAAAAAAUUUUUAAAUACUAUUCUCUCAUUAUGAAAAUGAACAAAAAAUUAAGACAAAAAAAACUUCAAGCCCUCGGGAUGGCGACUAGAGUAGAAACAUAAAUUUUGGGAUAAUUUUGUGAACAAAAAAUUGAUUACAAAUUCAAAAGAUGUUCUCUUCAUUUUAGGAAAAUAUAUUCCUAAUGUCGGAUGUGGAUACAGAAAAUCUAAUUUAAGAAUGUUGAUUGACAUUUUAAGCAACAAUUCCAAGGAAUUGAAAUAAAAAAACAUCUUAUAUUCAAAUCAAAAUACUCAUAUUUAUUUAUUAUUAUUUAUUAUUGAUGUACUAAUCUGUUUUCCUUUUUAUAGGUCAAGAAAUAUUUAAAAUUGGGAUUCUUGUGAUCCAAAAGAAUAUUCUUGUUAAUAUGUCGGACCAAGAGAGCAGCAAUGAUUGCAUGAUGGGCAGGAGUCAGGAGCAAGAAACACAGAGUGCCAGUACCGCCAGUAAAAGAGUUUCGAAACCCCGUGAAAAGAGUGGCGAAUGUGCUUCGGGUCGUUCAACACCUUCAGGAACGAGCACUCCACCUGAUGAAUUGUGGAAUGUGGAUUUCAAUCCACCGGCGCGAUUUCCAGUGGAAAAAAUGAUUUCCAUCGACUUGGGCCUCAAGUAUCCUGUUACAGCUAACGUUUUGGACACUGCUGAUAAUUUCGAAAAAUUCGUGACAUUAACCUCUCAGGAAUAUAACCAACUUAGCGGUUCCAAUAGAAGAAUAAAAUUAUCUCAUAAAAUUUUGGGCAAAGAACUGAAAUAGAAGGAGAAAUUACGCAAAAAUUUUAAAUUAAACAAUUUCCAUAAUGAUAGGAAAAGGGAAAAAAUUUUUAAAUACUAUUAUCUCAGUAUGAAAAUGAAAAAAAAAAUUAAGACAAAAAAAACUUCAAGCCCUCGGGAUGGCGACUAGAGUAGAAACAUAAAUUUUGGGAUAAUUUUGUGAACAAAAAAUUGAUUGAAAAUUCAAAAGAUGUUUUCUUCAUUUUAGGAAAAUAUAUUCCUAAUGUCGGAUGUGGAUACAGAAAAUCCAAUUUAAGAAUGUUGAUUGACAUUUUAAGCAACAAUUCCAAAGAAUUAAAAUCAAAAAACAUCUCAUAUUCAAAUCAAAAUAUUCAUAUUUAUUUAUUAUUAUUUAUUAUUGAUGUACUAAUCUGUUUUCCUUUUUAUAGGUCAAGAAAUACUUAAAAUUGGGAUUCUUGUGACCCAAAAGAAAAUUCUCGUUAAUAUGUCGGACCGAGAGAGCAGCGAUGAUUGCAUGAUGGGCAGGAGUCAGGAGCAAGAAACACAGAGUGCCAGUACCGCCAGUACAAGAGUUUCGAAACCCCGUGAAGAGAGUGGCGAUUGUGCUUCGGGUGGUUCAACACCUUGAGGAACGUGCACUCCACCUGAUGGUAAUUAACUUUUAUAAUUCUUUAAAGUAAGGAACAUAAAAAAGAAUAUCGAUAUUU